AAAAACUUGUGAUAUAAUAAUCAUAUGUCUUAUUUACAAUUACAAUAACAUAAAUUUUUCACCGGUGAUAAAGGAAUCCGGAAACCUCUCGUGAUCUUUUGGCAGAACUGAAAUUUUCAAAUUCGUUCUAUGAUAUAGAUUAGUAAAGACGUUAAAUAAUCUUACAAUGGAUUUGAAACGCAGUUUUUCUUACUUUCUAGUGCAUAUAAUAGUAUUACGGACAUCACUAAUAAAAGGAAUGCAUAUACCAUUAUUUAUAAAGGAACAAGGUGUUGGAAAUGAAAGUGUUGCGAGUUUAGUGAAUGAAAACAAACCAAAGGUUGACGUUGCCAAAUUUUCAGGGGACAUCGGUAGUCAGUUUACCGGAGGGAUAAAACAGAACAAGGCCAAUGGCGUGGAAUUAGUGGCACCAACUACAAGAAAUAAAGGCAUCGAAAUGAAAAGCGUUGAAAGAUACAAAGAACCAUGGGAGUUAAAUUACAACGUCUGUCCACCGUCAUUAUGUACUGCAAACGAAGAGCAAAGGCCAACGGGUAAAGGUGGUUCCUUAUUUUAUGAUGGUGAUAUCGUAUUGGACAAGGAAUCAGAAAGGAUUAUCUAUGGCAACAAAACACGUCAUCGAUACACGAGGGCAACAACACGGAACUCUCGGACUUGGAGAAAUGCCAUUGUACCUUAUAUGUUUGCGAGCAACAUAUCACCAUUGUCUGCGUCGUUGCUCAGUAAAGCGAUGAGAACAAUAGAAAAGGAAACAUGUAUUCGCUUCAGGAGAAGACAAUUUAGAGACGAGGAUUAUAUAAGAUUUAUUAGCGAACCCGGCUGUUGGUCGGCUGAUUGGAGUUUGAAACAAAUCCGCUAUCCCAAUUGGGGUAGGAACUUAAUUAUCACGUUCGUAUCACAGGCGAGACCAGACAGGGACGAGUAUGUGGAAAUCAUAACAGAGAACAUUGCACCGAAAUAUGUCCCAGAUUUUAAAAAGGCAAACAAAGUUCUUGUGACAUCUCGAGGUUUCCCAUACGACUAUGAAAGUGUGAUGCAUUAUGGCAAUAAGGCCUUCACAAACCUUGGAAAUGAUACAAUAAAGGUAAUUGGUAUAGGAAGAAAAUUGAAGAUGAGGAUAGGACAACGUGAUGCUCUAAGUAACAUAGACAUAGCACAGCUAAGAGACAUGUAUCAAUGCUACAGUAAAGAGAACCGUUUUAAUACAUAUUGCGCAAAAUACUGGGUUAGAAUCGGUGGGAAGUGUUAUAAAUUUGAAGACAAACAAAUAAAGACGUUUCCUGAGGCAGUGAGGAAAUGUAAGGAAAUGAAUUCAACACUGCUUGUCACAGACGACGCGACAGAGGAAUUUAAUAUCAAGCGUUAUGUCAAGAAAAUGUACCCAAAAGUCAAAGUAUGGCGCACGGGUGAAAGGACGAUGAAUAGGACAUUUGCAAUGUAUACAGGAAAUUGGAACAAAAGUCGUUCAGCAACAUACAGCUCACUUGCCAUGGCAUACAAUAAAAAGAAAGACAGGCUGUUUUCGGAAGGGAUGUGGAUUAGUUCCUACCGUGCAUAUGCUUUUAUAUGUGAACAGAAGGCAAGACGCAAAUGUAUUUACGGAGAGUUUCCCGAUGGACGAGAUUAUCGUGGUACCCUUGACCACACUAUAGAUGGUUAUACGUGUCAGAAAUGGUCAUCACAGUAUCCGUGGGCACAUAAACUUCUGCCAUUCCCCUACGAUGGUACCAAAAACGAACAAGACGGUUUAGGAGAUCAUAAAUACUGCAGAAAUCCCUUGUGUGACAGAAAGAGCAGACCUUGGUGCUAUACCACCAAAAGUAAAUUUAAAUGGCAAUACUGUGACGUCAGUAUAUGUUCAAAGAAUGGAGAUGAUGCAUCAUACAGAAAGAAUAACGGAAGUCCAAGUCAAUCAAAUACUAGAAAAAGCAACAAAAUAUAUUCGACAAAUCUAAGGAGAAUUACAUAUAAGUCAAUUCCAAGGACCAGGAACCCUGUCAAACAGCAGCAGUCUUAUAGAAAAGCGAGUAGUAAUUUAAACAGAAAACAAAAGAAUUUGAAUAUGAGAACAAAUAAGAUGCCAGUGAAUAGAAAUUUUUCUAGUGGUAAAAGAAGUCCUAACAAGGGGUGAAAAAGUAGCUUAAGAAGGAGUUUUAAAUCAAACAGGAAACCAAGACGACGAAAACAUAUAAUUAACAGGCAAAAUAAAAUAGGCAAAUUCUAAGACUCAAAAUAUUUGUAUCUGCAAGACAUGCUUUCAUAUGUAUAAAUGUAUCUGCCAGAUUUUCAAAACGCUUAAAAAAGCUUUUCAAAUAAUAUUAUAGCUAUGCAUAAUAGUCUUAAAUAAACAGUAAAGAACAAGGACAAUGAACCAAUAGGGAAAACCAUGUUUGUAGAAAACAACCCCCAAAACAAAUCCCCACAACAGCAGUUAUCCACUCCUUGUGUUGAGGUAUGUAUGUAUAUAUGUAUGUAUGUAUGCAUACAAGGAAAAUAAAUUUGAAAGGACAAAACCAAAAUGAUCAAUGAACACUUUUGGGCAUAUAUCCGUACGAUCACGCGUACAUGUACAUUCUGUAUGGCUACAUCGGGUUAAAUAAAUACACGAGUCAAGACAUCGGUCU